CCUGUACACAUGUAGGUUUCUCGUACUCUACUGCUCAAAUGGUUUGAUAGAAGAUCGCAUCUGCGGAGAGAAGGUGCGCAUCAUUUAAGCUGCUGUUGGCUAAAUCAGAAUGAAGCCAUUAUCAAUGGGCUUGCAUGAGCAGAGCCUCAAGUUCAACACAUUGUUUGCCAAGCGGUUCUUGAAGCUGUUGAGAAUAAUGUAUCCUAAAUGGACCAGUGUUACAGUAUUAUUGACCAUAACCCUGUUGCUGUUAGGUUUGUUAGGUCAAGUGGUAAUCUAUUUUGUGGGACUAGUUCCAAGCAGAUUCUACAAGGUGUUUGGAGACAAGGACAUCUACAAUUUCAGAGUGCUGAUUAUUUCUGCCCUUGGCCUAAUUGUUGCCAAUGCAUUUGUUAUCAGCACAAGCACCUAUGUAGCAUCAGUGCUCUAUGUGACCUGGAGGGGGCUAAUCACUCGUCAUAUACACUCCAAGUACUUCAAGGAUAUUUUAUACUAUAAGAUAAAUGUACUGCAAAACAGAGUGGACAAUCCUGACCAACGAAUCACACAGGAUGUUGACCGUAUGUGCGACCAGUUUAGCCAGGUGGUAGCUCCAGCCAUUAUUUCCCCAUUUACUAUUGGUUAUUACUUAUACCAGGCAUACACCAGUUCUGGAUAUUUGGGUCCAGUGUGUGUUGUGGGUUUCUUCAUUGUGGCAACAGUUAUCAACAUUUUGCUGAUGUCACCAGUAGUUAAGUUUGUUUUCUUCCAAGAAAGACAGGAAGGAGAUUUCAGAUACAAGCACAUGCAGCUGCGGGUCAAUGCAGAGGCUGCAGCAUUCUAUAGAUGUGGAACUCUGGAACUUCAUAAAACUGAACAGAAGCUCGACAGAUUAUUGAGAACACAGCAGCAACUCAUGAUGCGAGAAUAUGCUCUGCAGUGCUCUGUUAACACUUUUGACUAUUUAGGCAGUAUCUUGAGUUAUCUGGUAUUAGCCAUUCCCAUCUUUGAGUGGAACAUGUAUGACAACUUGUCUCCUGCAGAUCUCAGUGCACUUAUAAGCAAGAAUGCAUUUUUUAUUAUUUAUUUAAUCAACUGCUUCACAAAGCUGAUUGAUCUCUCUGUGAAGAUGACAGAUGUGGCUGGAACAUCACAACGUAUUGGGGAGUUACUGGAAAACCUAGAUUGUCUGGAUAAAGACGAGAGUGAGAAAAUAACACCAUUCCAUGAUAAUGAUACCCCAGGCAGAGGAACAGUAUCUAGUGCAACAGGUCUUUUGGGAAGUAUGCCUGAUGAAGAUAUAAACAAUGUUAAUGUUGAAAUACAAGAUGGCCGUGGCAGGUCAGACAGCACUGCAUUAGAGUCCAUAGUUUCCUCCAGCAUAGCGACCCCUAUACCAGAUGGCACGGUAGCCAUGAGGCUAAAUGCUUUAUCUUACCAUCUUCCACAAAGUGACAUGGUGCUAAUGAAAGACCUGUCCCUGGAGAUAGUAGCAGGAAAGAACCUACUUAUCACAGGGGACAGUGGCUGUGGGAAGAGUUCACUUCUUAGGGUGCUUAAUGGGUUGUGGCCUCUGAUGGAGGGAUCUGUUGAGACAUUGGUGCCAUUUGGAACUAGAGGCAUACUUUACUUGCCCCAGAAACCUUAUCUCACAAAUGGAACAUUAAGAGAACAAAUUAUCUUUCCACAUCAUAAACUUUCAUCAGGCACUGAAAACGAUGAGAUAAUUCACCACUUCACUAGCACUGUAGAUUUGCAAAAAAUACUCGAUAGAGCUGGAGGGUUGGAUGUAAAUAAUGAAUGGAAUUGGUAUGAUGUGCUGUCUCCUGGAGAAAUGCAGAGACUGUCUUUUGUCCGUCUGUUUUAUCACCAGCCACCUUUUGCAAUCUUGGACGAGGCCACAAGUCAGGUAAGCCAUGCUGCAGAGCUGCUUCUAUAUAAAAUGUGCAAAGAGUUGCACAUCACAGUGAUCAGCGUGGGCCACAGGGAUUCUCUCCGAGAGUUUCAUGAUAUAGAGCUCAGACUUGAUGGAAAAGGUGGAUGGAGUCUAGUUAACCUGAGGUAGCAAAGACAUAACAGUAGAGAUGAGACUAUACAUUUAUUACCUGGAAUACUGACCGUUUUGAUAUGACAGAAACUGAUUGACUUAUGGGUGUGAUAUUUGAUGGAAUAUUGAACCUGAUGGUAAAACAGUGGAUGAAUGAUGGUAAUAUAAGGUGGAUAAAAUGAUGGUGAUAUGGUGGAUAAAAUGCUAAAUGCCUAAUGCAUUAGUAAUGUGGUGCUUAACUAGUUAUUUCUGAAUGUUGCUUAUAAGUCUUCACAGAAGAUUUAGAUAAAUAUAUUCAUUCAAUGCUACAUUUUAAUAGCUGCCAAGCAGUGCCCUGAAGUCUAUGAUUGUUUUAUUUGUAAUUAUUUAUUCUAAUGUUAUAUCAAUCUUUGAAAGUUUUUAAGACAUUAAAAAUUCUUCAGCCAGAACGAAAAACAGUGCAUGCUGUAAGUAAAACAUUUUACUACUUGAAAAGCUGAAAGCCGUUCUGGACUGUUCCCAAGUUUUAUUUUAACAAUAGAUAUUUGAUUGGUUUUUCUAAGAGUAAUAAUACUACUGGACUCAAAACAUACUUGUUUAAAAAUAUUCAAUUUUUAGUUUUCAUUACAUGUAAAACUUUCUUUAUUUAACUUUUUAUUGUUGGAAGUAUUUUAUAUUUAUGAAUGUCAUUCCAGUAUUUAUAAUUAUCAAUUUGAAAAAGAAAUUUCCACUUUGUGUUAUUUGUAUCAGUUAAAGCACGUAAUCACAUUUUAUUCAUCUUUUGCAUUGAGCAAAAUUUGACUGCAAUAGCUUAUAAUGUUGUAAACUACUAAACAGCGCUGACAAUCAGCACAAUUUUGAUUUUUACAAAGUUCAUAAACAUUAUAUGUGUUAACUGAUGGCUGUGUCAGCCAUAUGGAUAUUGUAUUAAUGUUACAUUACUCAUUACCUGCUUCAAAGAAGAAUUUGAUUUGUUACAAUGUGCCAGUGUCACAGCAAACACUUACAUUUGCCAAUGUAGAGUGUUUUUGUUUAAACCAAAUGGUUCCUUUUAGAUUUAAUUCACAACUAAAAAAACUUAUUUAUUUUUAUUAUUUUGUCAAUAGGUUCCUUUAUAUAAGCAAAACAUAAAUUAAA